AUUGCUGUCGCGGACAUUUUGGUAGGUGCUAUAAACAUGCCUUUAUCAGCCCUUGUUGAAUUUGUCAUUUCCCGGCAAGUUUUUAACAAUGCCAUUUGUCAGGUAGACUUGGUUAAUGUUUACUUGAUGUUCGCUUUUACGGGUUGUUCUCUUUAUCAUUUAACCUUGAUCGCUUGGGAGAGAUACCAGGCAAUAGGAAAAUGUUUUGAGUACAAAGCUAAAAUGACAAAACGUCGCCUCAAGAAACUCGCAAAAACAGCUUGGUUCUUAGCCGCGUUAACAAGUAUUCCAGGCAUUGUGCUAACAGCCCUGGAAAUCAACCAUGAUUUUAUCAUUGAGGCUAUUGCUGCAUUUUUCGCGUUAAUUCUCAUCCCCUACUUUUACAUCAUGGUUUAUCGUGAAACGCGCAAACGUAAACUAACACACAUCACCCAAAUAACUUUUCUGGUAAAAGCAAAACUGGAAAACAGAGUUGCUAUCACGUGUGCAUUGGUUUCGACAGCUGUUAUUCUUUCCUUUGUUCCCUUGGUAACUGUUGGCUUGUUGGGAGAAUUGUACCCAGUCCUUCGCAACCAUUACGUCUUUCGGUCAACAGAGACUCUACUGCAAAUGAACUCUAUAGUGAAUCCACUUCUUUACUGCUACAGAAACCGUCGCUUUAGAAACAUCGUUCUCGAGGUUUUAUGCAUUAGAAAUCCCCCUGCUGCUAAGACAAAAGUUGGUCCCGGCCAAGUUGGUGCAAUGAAGAAAGGACCUGUAUCAGCUCCUUCAAUAAUGAGAUUACGCAGCAACCCUCCGCAAUCGCAGAAUCCCUCGGCCAUUUUAACAGUUGGUGCAACAGCCCACCCUCAAAGGUCGCAAGGACACAGUGACUCUUUUUCAAUGUUUCAUCCUUCAUCUUCCAAAGAUUCAAAGAAAAGUUGGAAAGUUAAAUGCAAUGUUUUAAAUGUGUCUGAUCCACCACAAGAUUUGAUAAAGGAAAAAUACGCGUUUAGUCGCAGAAAUCUGAGUAAAUAUCUAACAAGAUCUGCCUCAUGCAAUGAGAGUGCAGGUUCAUGUGGAACUUCGCCACGAUCUCCUGAAAGUCUCUUGAAAAGAAGUAUGUCAGCCCCAUCGUCAGGGGCACCCAUCGACUGUUUUCUGUAAAAUAUCUGUUCGGGGAAGUGAAAAUUGCCUAGAAUUUUCUAUAGCUUGAGGAAGGCUAAAAAUUUCUAGAUGACUUUUCCAUUCGUGUACAAUUUUCGAACCUUAUCUUAUAAAUUCCCUACGAUUUUCUUAAGUUUAAUUUUUCGCAUUUCACUCCCCAGGUUAAGCUAUUUUUCGUAGAUAAAGGAAUCCUAAAAUUUUCGGAUUUGAAAAUGUGAUGGAGAGAGGAAUGAGAACAAUUCUUACUUUCGUAAAACGUUAAAUUGCAUCUAAAAUUUUCGGGAAAAUAGUACUGAAGCCCUAGCAAUUUCGAAAGGACUCAAGUUGCCCUAGGAUGACCGAACAGAUACAAAUCUUAUAGCGCUGCUUAAAAUGCAUUUCUAGAGAUCUAAAAGCUCUCUGGAUACCCUAAAAAGUGUUUUCAAUGCAUUUAGGAAGAAACCGUCGUUGGGUGCCCCUGCAUCGUUAGUUCAGAUCAAAGGUUUCUGCGAUGACACUCUGCACCCUCCGCAAUCGCAGAAUCCCUCGUCCAUUUUAACAGUUGUUGCGACAGACCACCCUCAAAGGUCGCAAGGACAUGGUGAUUCUUUUUCAAUGUUUCACCCUUCAUCUUCCAAAGAUUCAAAGAAAAGUUGGAAAGUUAAAUGCAAUCCUCUAAAUGUGUCUGAUCCACCACAAGAUUUGAUAAAGGAACAAUACGCCUUCAAUUGCAGAAAUCUGAUUAAAUAUCUAACAAGAUCUGCCUCAUGCAAUGAGAGUGCAGGUUCAUAUGGAACUUCGCAACGAUCUCGUGAAAGUCUCUUGAAAAGAAGUAUGUCAUCCCCAUCGUUAGGUCAGAUCGAACGUUCCUGCGAUGACACUAUGCACUGAGUAUUAUACGUCUUUUGUUGAGACAUCAGCCUUGAUUGCUUUCGGUGUGAAUAUCUAACAAGAUCUGUCUCAUACAAUGAGGGCACAGGCUCAUGUGAAAUUUCCUUGCGAUCUCGUGAAGUUCUCUUGAAAAGAAGCAUGUCGGCCCCAUCGUUAGGUCAGAUAGGAAGUUCCUCCAAUGACACUACUCUGCACUGAGCCCCAGGGGUGGGGUGCACUGAGUCUUUUACGUCUUUUGUUGAGACAUCAGCCUUGAUUGCUUUCACCAUAAGUAUUACCCUCCGCGCGGUCACUUCUGAAUGUUAGAAACAUGCCACUACAGCUAGCACCCGUAUAAACAUGACACUCGCAAUCCAAAUUUCAUUUUGUACUGAAAAAUGCGACAAAUAAACAACAAAAGAACACUAACCACAACAACAAUUAACAAUUAUUGGACGAGGUUGAGCAAAAUAUCAUGAUUUGUCAGUGCAUGGCGAGCAGAUCAAUUAUAAUUUUGCCGAAGCCGACGGCUGAGGCAAAUUAUUGAUCUGCGGGACACUGAAAAAUCACGAUAUUUUGCGAUAACCCAGUUCAAUAAUUGUCUUAUCAUUCAGUCACCGGUUUGCUUUUUUAUUGAAUAUCGCUCUCUGAAAGGUCAGCGAGGCGAUCUGCCAGUUUUACGCAAGAGCGAUCACAAGAAUAAGGAAAGAGUGGUUUCAUUUACCCAUGAGCAGAACAUUAUUUACAGCCAAAACACCUAGCCAAACCACAGGUAGACGGCAUUGCGCAUGAACAGACCAUUAUUUGAAGGCAGUUAUGUGCAGGUCACGUGGUGGGUUCUCGGCCAAUGAAAAGGAAGAAUAGCUUACGGUAUUCACGACACACUAUAUUUACUAGAAAGAGUUAAUUAUGGGAAUCUUCUCUUAAUUCAAGGAAUUCAGAGGGAGUUGGCAAAGGUACGGAUUUCACAGUAACUACAUGUACGGGUGCUUCGGUGACGGGAUAGGCCCUUCUGAUCAACGUUAAAUCAGUUGCCUUAAACUGUACUCAAAUUCUUCCAUUAAAGCUGCGAAUAAUUAUUCUUGUGAAAAUUCUUUAUAUAUUUCGACUAGCAGUUUACUUCAUGUUUUUUGUGCUGUAAACCAUACAUGAAACGUUCAUGGAAUUGUCAUAAGCGUUGGACAUUUGGCAGGUUCAAAGGUCUAUAAUGGCCAUACAAUUCUCUCCCGUGACAGUUGAGCUACCUAUAAGUAAACUUAUUUUCGAUCAAUUUUUGAGAAAAUUAGAGCGGCUAAUGGAGCCCAAAUUGCCAUUUUUGAAAGAUUGGUUGAAUCUAUAAGAAACCUACCUACCUAUAUGGUAAUCACCCGCGAUUAAGAACCUAUUUUUUGACGUCAAAAUAGUUUCUUCUCUCAAGUGUCAAAGUUAACAUUCACCGAACCUGUCUGAUUAGCCUGAACGUGGAGCAGAAACGCGUGACGAACCCAUAGGAACAUCUGCUUGGGAAGCUAACCUACUAUCAGUAUUUAGAGUAUGAGUAUUACAGUAAGAGCAUAAGAAGUUCGACGCAAAGAUCGUCAAUUAGGAUCGACAAAGUUGCAUUUAGGUCAACUUUAAAUUCGCAUAGGCUAUAUACUAGGCAAACUGUGUCAAGUUAGCCUGCGUAGCAGGCGCUUGGAAGUAGUGUCUUCCUUGCGCGCGCCCGUUCUCUCUUUCCUCCACUACUUCCAAGCGCCUGCUACGAAGGCUAGUGUCAAUUAUUUCAGAGUUAUUCGUUGGUGGUGAUCGAGUUGAGUUCUUCGGGGGGCGAUAUUGUCGGUGGCGAGACGACUGUAUACCGUUUAGUAUCUGUAUCCUCAUGACUGAAGAAUGGUGUUAAAACCCGUCACAUGACAUCAACGCGUCAUACACCCUUUGUUUUUAAGAAUUCAUUUUAUAAAAAUAUUGAGGCCGAAAUUUGCGAAAUUUCAAGAAUAAACCCGAGACUGAGAGGAAUCAAGUUUGAAAAAGAUAUAAUUUUGUGUGUUGAAAAUGUGAACAAUAUGCUUUUAACUUAAACGUAUAAAAUUAUUGCUUUCUCUCAAUGGCAAAAAGUCUUUCCUCCCCCAACUCCCAAAAAAGCAACGAAGAAACCUGCACCAGCUAUAUUCAAGUGUUCAAUGCUAAUGACAGUCCGAUGAAUGGUACAAUCAUGAAAUACAUAUCUAUACAACGUAUAUGAUAAACUCUUUAUUUAUGUAUUACAAUUUAAGAAUAAUACAAGAAUAUUGUUGGUCUGAAAUCGUUGGAAAAUCAGAAUAUUCAGCCUGGGCGGAAAAAAACAACAUUCUUUCAAAAAAAGAGUGCACUUAAAUUAUCCGCAGGUAGCGAAAAAUUCACAAUAACUGAAUAAGCAUUGCGCUUUCUUUUUAGGUGCUUAUGAAACCCUCAAUGCGUCCGUUUAUUGAGAAGUAUUUGUAUUCCUAUAGCUAGUGAAUGUAUAGAAAACUAGUCAAGUGUCAUUAUCCAUUGCGACAUUAUCAUCCGUUAGUUACACAAAAUCCACAUUGAUUGAAUCACCAUUUGUAAUACCACCCCCCACCCCCCUCCCCGUCCGCUUUUUUACGAAGAUUUGUAAAAAGAAAAAACAAGUUGUCAAAUGUUAGGAAUUUUGUCAUUUUAGGACCAGGAAAGGGUUUAACCUCCUUCAAUAAAAAUAAAAGUGCCAACAUCUCUGGUGGAAAAAAGUACAAUGAAGCUUUCCGGGGACCCUUUUUUUAGAAGACGCGAGGAAACGUUAAAGUUAAAUCUCGUCCUCAAAUCUAAAGGUCUCUAUCACCCUAUUUAAGACCGUAUUCCUGGUUAGUUUAUCAAAAACGAAAAGGAAUUUCUGUUUUCAGAAUGAUGUUUCAAAAUGGCGUCAAUGGCCAACAUUGAGAAUUUUGCUUUCUGUUUGUUUAUGUUUUCCUCGUUUGAAAUGAGUAUGCAUAUGAGUUUCUUCGGUAGUUUCGAGUCAAAGAGUAGACCGGGGAAAAAAAGGGCGCGGUACGCAAGCCAAAAAAAAACACUCUUACACACGCCGUAACAAAGUGGCUAUCACUCUUCAAGUACAGACUCGUACCCAGUCGUCAUUUAUAAAUCUCGCAAAGGAAUAUGGAAAGGCAAUUUGGCGCGCGCAAGGGCGCUUCGCGUUUUUCUUCCGUCCUUCCCUUGAUGCACUGCGAACUCACUAAAUCCUUCCCAUAAAUCACAGUGCAUACAGAGAAGCCGCUGGGAAGGUGCUUCAAGGAGCAGUUUCCACUAUAUUCUUCCAAUUCAGCUAUCUUCUUGCCACGGAGUUGCAUUGUUGGUAUCGUGGCUCGGUCAAUGCAGCGAAACCAGGUUUCUUUUGCCUGCUCCACUUUCCUUGUUCAAUCGAGAUGUUUAACAAAUUUGAGACAUUGAUCCAGGGGUCCCAUUGGGUAUAGGCAGCCAGCAGUCUCUCUUGUCUUCAGAUUUAAUGAGGGGACUAGAGUGCACGCGCGCGCGCAAGCGUGGCAGCGUUUCGCUCGACGGAAUAAGAAAACAGAGAGACUGCUCGUAGUGUACGUUGGUAUGGCCGCGUCGACUUCGCAAAAAGCAUCUUCUUUGUCAGCAUAUUGUUUGGGCAAUCAAACAAGAUCAUUAUAUUUAAGCAAUUGGCUCCUGAUCACAUUUCUGACUGUUGCUUCCUUUUUUUGUUGUCAGUUAUGUGUAUGAUGUCUGUGAUGGUGUAUCGGAGUCUGAAUUCUGUCUCUUCUGCGUCUCCAGGAGUUGAAAGUCCUACUCCAUCCACCAUUAACCAUUUGCCUCAACAUAUCCAUCUAACAAGUCUGCAAUUUCCUGACAUUUUUUUCAUCUAUAAACCGUAUUUCCCCUGAUAAGCACCCACUCCUUAGUACGGGCACCAUGUCCCUUGAAUAAGUGCUCACCCCCAAGGUCAUGUAAUAAGCGCCCCUCUCAAAUAAGUGCUCCCGUCCCUUCCAUUCACUUGCUUAAAUAGUAGGAAUACAAGAGGAAUGCGACGAUCUGCAUACUGUUGACGUGGAUAAUCUCGAGGAUGAUGAGACAUAUUUGAUAUUUUUUCAACGUGCAUACCGAUUCGUCAGUGUAAAGUGUAAAAUGGGACUAUGGUUCGCUUGACUAGAUUACCAACCCCAAGUCGUUUCAAUAUUGACUUACGUGGCUGUUAUAGUUUUUGUUUUUAUAUUAAAGAUUCGACCAAGAUAACAUUACCGUUCAUUGAAAUGAAAAGUUAACGAAAGUUAAAGAGCGCUUCCCUCGAUUAAGCACCCCUUCUUUUAGCCGAAAUUUCAAAUUAGCGCUCGGGAACUUAUUCAAGGAAAUAGGGUACCAGGCUUGUGUUCUAUAUAAGAGGCGGGAUCAAGCACAUGUCCCCAUAAGCGUCUUUCUUAUUGUCAUGUUCACUUUUGUGGUCCGCAAUCACUUGUCUUAAUUUCAUUGAUAGCUUUCCAAUUACUUUGCAAUUUCUCUAACAGAAUAUAUAUUUUUAUUUUUUGGCCGAUGUUAGGCUGAAAACAUUCUUGUGGAGAAUAUCAUGGCUUUAAUUUGAGCGGCUGCAUGAUUUAAUUUCGACCAGUGGUUAACUGAGAAAGAAGUCGUUACGUCACGUUGCCAUGGUAGCAAAAUUUCUGGAUCUCAACAAACCGUGGUCCUGCAAAUACGACAGAAAAAAAAAACGAAAAAAAAAAAUGACAUGUAUGAUUUUCCUGUGCAUAAUUGCACUCAGGAACAAGACGGUGGCCCAUACGUUUCUUCCAUCGUUUGACAGCAAAUGAGCGUCUCUGUCAAGAAAGAUUGAUGAAGUCCAGAAAUCUGGCUACGGUGGUAACCUGAUGUCACAAGUCUCCACCCUAUAGCUUUUUGUGUGUGCUUUAUACCAUACAUGCGUGUAAUACAAGCAACGUUCAUCAGCCUUUCUUUCGCAUCGAACAUCAUCCCAAUGGUGACCAAACACAAUUUUCUCCUAACGAUAUCCAUAGAUCGUCAAGAGCAAAGUCUAUGAGAAUUAAUAAAAUGAUCACAAGGAAAAAAAUCUUUGAUCUUUUAUCAAAUUCUCUCAACUAAUUCUUCGAGGAAAUGUAUGGAGAUCAGUUUGGAGAAUUUGUAUGUGGAUAUUAGGGCUUAAAGGGUUAAAGGUGUUCACCGUUUUUUAUUUUGUUCUUCCGUACGGAGAAAAGAAGAGUUUUAGACGAUUUAGUAAAAAGCAGUUAACUGAUAUAUUGCAUCUAAAACUUUUCAGCCGACAAAAUUUAUUUUUUAAAACCUCAGCCUCGGAUUUAUAUUCUUUGAAUAUUUUUAAAAUUUCUCAAAUUUCAGCCUGGAUAGACUUUUAAAAUGCAUUACAAAGAAGACUGAUGCACGUCGAAGAAAAGCCACUCUCCACCUUUCAGAUUUGAAAGAUAUUGAAGCCUCGGACCUGACGGUCUCACGGUUCGUCUUAAAGGCUGAAACCACAUCCACUCUUACGAGAGGCUAAUUUCAAACUCUAUAGAAGUCGUACGUAACGGUUGUGUUUCUAUCGAAACAUAUAUUUUAUAUCAUUCAUAUGCAUGUCUUUUAUGUUGUGGCGUUGCCGUGGCAAAUGAUCCUUUUCGGAUAAUUAAUCUUUUUGUAGUGAAGCGUCGCGGAACUGAGAUUACAAAUCAGUUUUUUGAUUCCCAUCUUAAAAAUCAAUUUCAGGCUUCUGAUUUCAGAUAAGUAGAGAUAAUUAGAGUCCAAAUUUUCAUUUUUAAAAGAUGCUUGGUUUAAUCCGACAACUUAUUAAUAACCUACCUACCUACCUACAUUUAAAUCAAUUUUUCAGAAAAGUAUAGCUAAAUCAAGUCCAAAUUUUCAGCUUUGAAAGACUGGUUCACCAUGAUCUAUUUCAAAAUUAAGCCAAACAAAUUUUUUAAAUAUAUUCCACAAUAGGCAGGAAUUAUGAUUCGCUUUUGUCCACGAUAAGACUGUUAUUCUUUUCACUUAUCUUCAGUUUUUUUUCAACUAGUAAAAAUGAAUCGCACAACCAUCUGCAAAAUGUCAGUUUACCUGUUAAAAAACAAUUCAUAACUUAAUGAAUACAAGAAAAUUCCCAAUUGUCCCAAAACUAAUUAAAAUAAACGCCUUCGUACACGUAAUUAGCAACUCCCAGCAACGUUGGCAAUUUUAUGGUUCGACUUCAGUCUUUUUCACCGACCUCAAACAGUGACAAAACCGAGUAGGCUUCAGUUUACUGUAUCAUGUUUAAUGAUACUCAAACAAAUAUAAACUCUUCAUCUGUGGCCAGCUACAGGCCAGUUUUUUCUUGCCCACAAAGUCCAAACUUUGUGUGGGACACAACAAAUGAAAUUUUCCCCUGGAUACUGGUCGCAAUCGUAUCUAUCGCAUCACCUGCUGCAAUCAUUUUGAACAUUCUGACUAUCGCAGCAGUGAAAUCAAGAAAGGAACUGCAAAAAAACUCGAACAUUUUGUUGUCGAGCAUGGCUGUUGCGGACAUUUUGGUAGGUGCUAUAAACAUGCCUUUAUCAGCCCUUGUUGAAUUUGUCAUUUCCCGGCAAGUUUUUAACAAUGCCAUUUGUCAGGUAGACUUGGUUAAUGUUUACUUGAUGUUCGCUUUUACGGGUUGUUCUCUUUAUCAUUUAACCUUGAUCGCUUGGGAGAGAUACCAGGCAAUAGGAAAAUGUUUUGAGUACAAAGCUAAAAUGACAAAACGUCGCCUCAAGAAACUUGCAAUAACAGCUUGGUUCUUAGCCGCGGUAACACAUAUUCCAGGCAUUGUGCUAACAGCCCUGGGUAUCAACCAUGAUUUUAUCAUUGAUGCUAUUGCUGCAUUUUUCGCGUUAAUUCUCAUCGCCUACUUUUACAUCAUGGUUUAUCGUGAAACGCGCAAACGUAAACUAACACACAUUACCCAAAUAACUUUUCUGGUAAAAGCAAAACUGGAAAACAGAGUUGCUAUCACGUGUGCAUUGGUUUCGACAGCUGUUAUUCUUUCCUUUGUUCCCUUGGUAACUGUUGGCUUGUUGGGAGAAUUGUACCCAGUCCUUCGCAACCAUUACGUCUUUCGGUCAACAGAGACUCUACUGCAAAUGAACUCUAUAGUGAAUCCACUUCUUUACUGCUACAGAAACCGUCGCUUUAGAAACAUCGUUCUCGAGAUUUUAUGCAUCAGAAAUCUCCCAGCAGCUAAGACAAAAGUUAGUCCUAGCCAAGAUGUCAGAUUAAAGGAUCGGCUUUCUUCAAUGGAGGAUACUCUAGAAAAACCAAAUGUGUGCAGCCGUCGCCUUUUGUCAAAAUCAGCGUCGUGCGAAUUAUCCAACGUGACAGAAUUAAUUGGUGCAAUGAAGAAAAGACCUGUAUCAGCUCCUUCAAUAAUCAGAUUACGCAGCAACUCUCCGCAAUCGCAGAAUCCCUCGACCAUUUUAACAGUUGUUGCGACAGUCCACCCUAAAAGGUCGCAAGGACAUGGUGACUCUUUUUCAAUGUUUCAUCCUUCAUCGUUCAAAGAUUCAAAGAAAAGUUGGAAAGUUAAAUGCAAUCCUUUAAAUGUGUCUGAUUCACCACAAGAUUUGAUAAAGGAACAAUACGCGUUCAAUCGCAGAAAUCUGAGUAAAUAUCUGACAAGAUCUGCCUCAUGCAAUGAGAGUGCAGGUUCAUGUGGAACUUCGCCACGAUCUCGUGACAUUCUCUUGAAAAGAAGUAUGUCAGCCCCAUCUUUAGGUCAGAUCAAAAGUUCCUGCGAUGACACUAUGCACUGA